AUGCCGCCCCCUCGCAAAGCCACCUCCAAGCCCCAAAAGACAAGUGUUCUGUCGUCACCGCAGGAAAACUAUCGAGUAUCUGAAACACAGAGCACAGUCCAUCAUCAGGCCACAAAGGAGAAAAAGGCAGAAAAACAGAAAAAACGGGCACUCAAGGCGACCUAUCAAGAGAACCCUGACGACUUCGAGAAUGAACCCUUGGAGCUACACAGUGACACUGACCGUGAUGAAGAUACUAUGUUCUCGGACCAUGCUCUGCAGACAAAGCUGUCGUCCAACACAAAGGUCUUGGCAUUCAGUAUGGGGAAAAUGCCCCCGGUAUCACACAUCACUAGCGGCAAUGCACGUCAGUUGAAGGUACCAACACUUGAUUCCAACAACACUAACGACGUUGAGGAGUCUUCUGGUGAUGACUCAGACAAGAACAACUAUCCUCAAUCCGAUGCUGGCACUAGCCAGACUGAUGAAGAGGAUGGUAACACUAUUGAGGAGCAAAUGCCUGCUACUCGGGCAAGCAAACGACUGCUCGACACUGAAGAGGCUGCCACUGUUGCCGAUUUCGAUGAUGUCUCCAAAGACAUCCUUGUAACCGCAAUUUCUCUCUUCCGCUGUCUAAUUGUCACAAAGGCGCCAUUUCCAGAUUCCAUUGCUGACGAGACGAUGCUGGGAAAAGAUGCCUGGCAUGAGGCUUGCCAAUUGAAAGGUGUCAACAUUAAAUUGACGCCUUUAGCAAUUAAGAUGCUCUUGAAACGCACAUCACAUGUGUGUGGUGAACUCAAAACAAAGAUGCGGUCACUUACUCAAACUUUUUUUGGCUUUUGGUCGAGUGAAUCGAGGGACGUUAUAAGGCAAAACUGUGAUCUAGCGGAAGCCUUGAAAGAUGGUUCAUCAUUCGUUUUCAAGCGAAGACGGGGAUAUACAAGACCAAGCUACUCCAAGACAGUAUCAAUGUCAUGUGGUUUGCAAACCGAAGCGACGAGGGCAUCAGUCUACAACCAGUUUUUUAACCCCAUGCCUAUCAAGCUUAUUGCGCUCAUGCUUACAACUAUCGAAUGCUGUAUUGACGAGUGGAUGCAGGGCGUGAAGGAAGACAUCAGGUUCACAGCCAUCGCAUAUGGAUCUGUCUACCACAAUCAUUUGAACUCACUGCAGCGUUUUGACAAGCGCACGGCACCUUACAAGCUCUUUGAAAGGAUUUGUGACAAUUUGCAUGAUGUGGCUCGUUUCCAUGCAGGUGUAGUAGAUACACCCACUACAUUCUCAGACGCAUCCAGAAUCAGUGACGAGGCAAUUGAAGAUGCCAUUCAAGAACACCAGCUUCAGGAGGAGAGUGGGCGGCGAGGCUAG